AUGAAGUUCUACACUGCCACCGCUCUCGCCCUCUCGUCGGCUGCCCUCACCAACGCAUCGACCUGCAAACCUAACCCCAACGGCAAUGGUGACCUCAAGCAUUGGCCCAAGGCUGCUGCCGCCACCCUCAACGCCAUGAUCAAGGCCAACGCCCACAAGGGCAACUACGCCUGCUUCGACAUGGACAACACCUCUUGGCGAUGGGAUAUCGAGGAGUCCUUGAUCCCCUACCUCGACAACAAGGGCGUCCUGACCCGCGAGCUCCUUGACCCCAUCCUCAAGCCCAUUCCCUUCAACGACACUGCCACCCAGAAGGAGUCUCUCUACAGCUACUACAACCGUCUCUGCGACAUUGACGAUGAUGUCUGCUACCCUUGGGCUGCCCAGGUCUUCUCUGGCAUCCCCCUGAAGCAGCUCAAGGUCUACGUUGACGAGCUCAUGGCCCUCAACACCACCAUCCCCACCACCUACUUCGAGGCUGGCGUUCUCACCAAGACGAACAUCAACCCUCCCAUUGUCUUCCGUGGACAGGCCGAGCUCUACAACACCCUCAUGAAGAACGGCAUCGAGGUUUACGUUGUCACCGCCUCCUCCGAGGACGUCGUCCGCAUGGUCGCUGCUGACCCCAAGUACGGCUACAACGCCAAGCCCGACAACGUCAUCGGCAUCAACAACCUUCUUAAGAACAAGGCCACUGGCGCCUUCACUUUCCCCCGCAAGGACAUCAUUGCCGGCACCUUCAACAAGACCGACUACUCCAACUACGAAAUCACCCCCUACAUGAUGGCUCCUGGCACCUGGAAGGAGGGCAAGUGGGCUGCCAUCCAGCAGUACAUCAACAUGUGGAAGAAGCCCAUCCUCGUUGCUGGUGACACUCCCUCCAGCGAUGGUCCCAUGCUCUUCCACGGUGUCGAUGUUCGCCGUGGUGGUGUCCACCUCUGGGUCAACCGCAAGGACAAGUACAUGAAGCAGCUCGAGGGCAUGAUGCAUGACUACGCUGCUGCCCAGCGCGCCGAGGACCUCGAGGUCACUGCCGACAAGAACUGGGUCAUUGUCAAGCCUGAGGACAUUCUCUAA